AUGUACCUCCUCUCAACCCUUCUUCUCGCCUCCUCCCUUGUCACUCUCAUCCUCGCACUUCCAGGCGUAGCGCUGCUCCAACAACGUAAAGCUGAGCCUUCACCAACCGGCGGCGGCAGCCCCACUCAAGGGGUCUGGGGCUUCGGCGUCACCUGCGAAACAGGCAUAGAACCAGCCCACACCCUCGACGCCGAAUCCAUCACCCAAACCAUCAAUCAAGCGCUCACAAGCUACCAACUAGGCAUCCAAGAAGGCGAAGCCGGCCUCCCAAACUACGUCGGCUGGCCCAAGAACUUCCACCUCACCGACCAACUCGGCAACGACGCCGACGGACACCCGUACAGCAUCCUCGCAGCCCCAGGCUGCGAUCUCCAACAAGACCUUCUCUACGCGCCGAUCGCCUAUCCCGGCGCCACUGCGCCGGCGAGUUUCAUAAGCGCAACGAUCAGGCCACCGCCGGGCGGGAACGCCACCACGGUCAUUGUGCUGUUUCAAGCCCCGGACCCGAAUGGACCAAGAGAUGCGACGGGGUUGGGCUGGGUGACGAAUUAUUGCGCUGUUUUGACGAAUUCGGAUGCGGAGGCUGGGGAGCAGAUAUGGGUGGGGGGGCUGCUGAAUCCGAGUCCCGGUGGCUUUCAUCAGUGUAAUGAUGCGCAGCCGCCGCCGGGGGUGGUGCAGCCUCUACCGCCAGGUCAAAGAUAG